GGGCUUAAACCAAAGAUGUGCGUGUGUGUGUUUCUGUGUGUAAACGUCUGUGGAUGGACCUAAUGGAGACUCAAGGCUGUAGCAGCCUCACAAUAAUGGCUUUAAGUUUACCUGACUGUGUUCAGAAGCUGCUGUUGUUCCAUUAGAGAAAAGAGCACUAGACAAAAAGAAAAAAAGGACAGUGAUGCACUUGAAGUCCACUUUGGAAAACACUGAAAUCUAAAAUCCAAAAGCCAAAUUUAGUCGACUUUAAUUUUCUUUAAGACCCAAAGAGCGACUGGAAAAAUGUAAAUGGAGGACCGAUUAAUUCAACAAAAUUCUGCUUUUAGCUACUAUUAGUGAAGGAAAUACUUUAAAAUAUAACUUCUACUUAGUAUUUGUUUAUUUAAUUCAAAACAAGAUCAAAGAACAGCCAACAUUCAUACAUUAAAAAACACACAAAGAUUUUUAUCUUUUUUCAACUUUUAGGUUCAUUUGUCUUUUUCUACUGAAUUAUAGCAGGAUUGAUUGUGUUUAGAAUCAAUGUGGCUCAGACCCGAAUACUACACUGCAAAAACAAAACAAUAUCACCAAGUAUUUCUAGUUUGUAUAUCUUUUUAUAAUUGUUAUAAGAUUACAUUGACUUUUUUGUAACUUGUUUUAGGAAAAUAUAUCCUCUUGCUGAGUCAUUUAUUUUUGAAAAUAUCUUAUUUUUUGUAACAUUACUAAUGAAAAAAGUUUUUUUUUAACUCUUAAUUUUCCUGUAAUUUUAUCUUAAAAUGUGUAUUUCUAUUCUUAUAUUAAUUAAGCCAGAAAAGGGGAUAGUUUACUAUGAUAUGUGUGUAAAUGUGCUUACUUUAAAGAUAUACACUUUUAUAAAAUAAUUUUAAGACAUAGUAUUUCCAGUAUUUUAUUUCCAGGAUUUUAGUAUUUAUAGUUAAAUUCAAGAAUAAAUUUAGUCUUGAAAUGUCAGAUUAUCACAACUUUUUUUAAAGAAAAUAAAACAAAUUCUCCUAGAUCUAUGGGCUGAUUUUUCAUUUGUUUUUCCCUAUAACAAGGGAAAAGCAUCUUAUAUUCUAAAUUUUUGAACAUCUUUUUAUCUUUUAAUGUUUGUUUUGAUUGACGGAUGGUUCAGUCAGCUUUGGUAAAAUGAGCUCUUUGGCUUUUCAUUGAUUGAAGCAUAGAAUAGCAUUUAAUAGAUUUUCCUUUUUCUGUGUGUUUACCUGCAUGAAAGAAAGCGGUCAAAGCCAACUGCGUCAUUUACUGUCUUUGUGUGUCCUUGAGUCACAGAAUAAAAAGUCGAUUGAUCGGACGGGAGGACGCAACAUCUGGAGGAACGUCUGUUGGAAGGAAGAACAAGAGACCAGUGCAGAAGAAAAAGAAGCCGAUAACAUGGAGGCACAGAAAACGCGUCUUGUGCUGCUUUUGGUUGCCGGAGCGGCGGUGGGUGUGGUCAAAGGAGAACGCCGUCAGUGCUGGGAGCACCUCAGCUGUCAGGAGCUCAACACGGAGAGCAGCGUGAAGGACGGCGUCCAGAUCUGCGAGUCAACCUUGAACAGGAUGCCUCUCCUUCCCGGUGCUCCCCACCACCAACCUUCACCUUCAUCCGAGCCUCUUUCUCUCUUCUCCAUCCCCUCGCCUCAAACCAGACGCUCCUACUCCAUGGAGCAUUUCCGCUGGGGGAAGCCCAUUGGGCGGAAACGCCGGCCUGUCAAAAUCUACGGCGGCAACAGCGUGGAGGAGGAGGAGGAGUCAUCCGAGAUGAGGAGGCGGGAGCUUCCCAGAGAAAGCAAUGGGCUGCAGAACAAGGAGGAGCUGCAGAAGCUUCAGGAAGACGGCCAUGACGACGAUGAUGAUGAUGACGGCACCUAUAAGAUGAAGCACUUCCGCUGGGGGGCCCCCCCGGCCAGCAAGCGCUACGGGGGCUUCAUGAGGAGCUGGGACGAGCACAGCCAGAGGCCGCUCAUCACGCUCCUGAAGACUGUCAUCAACAAGGAGGGAGAGGUGCAGAAGAGGGAGCAGUGAAGGAGAAAGGAUAUAAGAUGUUUUUUUCAAAUAAAAAUAUAUAUAAAUAUCCUCCAACUAAAUAUUUAAACUUCACUUUCUGACAGGAACCAUUCAACCAGGAGCUUUAUACGUUUUUGAUCCUCUGAUGGAUCAUUUAUUGAUUUAUUCUGUCAGUAUAUGUCCCAUUAUUUGUUAUUUUAGAUAAUAAGAUAUAAAUCUUUCAUCACACUAAGGACCUGUUUGUAAAGGCAAACCUGACUUUUUUGAUGAACUUAAAAUCAAACAUUUCUUGGUGAAAACAAGUGUUAAAUAAAUUAUACAACAUCAAAACCUUUAACUGCUCUAAAAUUAGAUUAUAAACAUA